AUGGUGAGCGCUGCGGGCUCGUGGAGUGGCGGCAGCGAUGAUCCCAUGGGCAGCGACCCGUCUCCCGCGGCGUGGACCACCGGCAGCGACGCGACCGGCCUUGUGACCGGCGGGCCGCGCAUGGCGCUCGAAGAGGGCGAGGGCGACGAGGGGGAGGAGAUGGCGGACGGGUGGGCGCUGGGGGACGGCGGCUGGGGGGAUGAGGAGGCGCAGGGGGAGGCGGACGUCGAGGAGCGCGCGGAGGGCAGGAGCCUGGCGGAGGAGGGCGGGGAGGAGGAGAGCGCGGCGGAAGAGAUGGAGGGAGAGAUGGCGGAGGGUGAGGGGGGAAGGGAGGAGGAGGAAGAGGGGCGCAUGCUGGCUGAGGGCGACUGGGAGGAGGAAAGCGAGGCAAGCGAGGUGGGCGAGGAGGAGGAGGAGAGCGAGGAAAGCGAGGAGGGCGAGGAGGGAAGGAUGCUUGCAGAGGGAGAGGAGGAGGAGGAUGAGGAGGUGGACGAUGGCGAGGAGGAGGAGGAGGAGAUUGAGGGAGCGGAAGGCAGGAUGCUGGUGGAGAGCGGAGACGUGGAGGAGGAGGAAGAGGCGGAGGGCGGGGAGAUGGCGGGUGAGGAGGCGGAUGAGGAGGAAGAGGGCAGAGUGCUGGCGGAAGUGGAGGACGAAGAUGAGGAGAUGGAGGGCGAGGAUGUGGAGGAGGCGGAGGAGGCGGAGGAGGAGGGGAGAGCUCUUGUGGAGGACAGCGAGAGCGAGGAGGAAGCAGGUGGAAUGGAUGACGUGGAGGAUGAUGAUGAGGAGGAGGAGGCUGGGGAGAUGGAGGGCGCGGAAGAGGAGGAGGAAGAGGAGGAUGUGGAAGGGAGGGCUCUUGUGGAGGACAGUGAGAGCGAGGAGGAAGGCGGUGAGAUGGAUGAUGAGGAGGAUGAGGAGGCUGAGGAGGCUGACGAUAUUCAGAUGUCCAGGGAGCUUCAGGAGGAGGAGGAAGAGGACGAGGGGACAGAGAGCGAGGAGGAGGAGGAUGAGGAUGAGGAAGGGGUUGAGUUUUCACGCAAGCUGGCAGACGAGAUUGAAGAGAAGAAGACUGAAGAGAAGAAGGAGGAGAAGAAGAAGGAGGAGAAGAAGAAGGAGGAGAAGAAGGAGGAGAAGAAGCCGGGGGUGCUGAAGAGGACGGCGAAUGCGAUCAAGAGCUUCUUCAGGAACAUUCGUGAUCGCAUCACUGGCAAGAACAAGAAGCCCGACAACAGCCCCCGCAAGGCAGGCCCCUCCGAUGCCAAGGAUGCCAAGGCCUAG